AAGGAUUUACUCUUUUUAUUAUUUCUCAAAACAACCACAUUACAAACUAGAAGCCAUUCAAAGUAGACACGUCUCAAUUUUAAAAAUGUUUUUAAUUUUACAUAUCACUUUGAUAUCUUGUGUUUGUGUAUCUAUAACUUUGUCGCAACAUAAUAAUCUGCUCAGCCUUUUACCCAACUAUGUUGGAGUCGGCGUCCAGUCUAACCGGAUGCAGAGUACCAGCAUUUCAUCAGUGACACAUAUACUCAUAAAGAGACACGUAGAUUUUCGAGAGCGAUUCUUAGAAAGGCAAAGACAGAGACAAAUUAAAGACAGAAAACUAGUGCUAGAAAAAGAUGCUGUAGUCAAAAAUAUCGAAGUUAUAGACGAUAUUACACAUCAUAGAAAAACAGGAGACAUGACAACUGAUAAAUGGGUAAAAGUUCUGUCUAUAGAAGAUGAUUUUCGUCAUCUUCUUGCAAUGAGUGAUAUGAAGUACACAUAUAAAAGAGAUAUGCAUUGGCGUACGUGGAGAAAUAUAGCUAAUGGAAGUAAAAAUAAGAUUGUUUGUUAUAAGUGUAAUAAUUUGCAAGUUAAUGGUACCGGAUGUCUGAAUUGUGGGAUGUGGACGAUAGAAGAGAGACCGCCUCCGUGUCCCUACGAGUUUUACUCUGUAGUAUCUGAUACCGACCUUUGUGGAGUAAACUACACUCAGUAUUCGAACAUAGACAGUGCCUGCCCUUCUGUCAUCAAGUUCUCGGAGCUAACAGCAACUUGUGAUAAUCCUAUAGAGACGUAUUAUAAGUUCAGUAAAAUGUAUGGCGUUACUGAUAGCAAUGAGAGUAUCAUUUGUAAUGGGAAGGAUUAUUGCGAGAUUUCUACUAUUUAUGAAAUUACACCACAACACGUAAUAUUCCGUAUAAUAAACUCCACAAACGACGUUAUUUACUCAAGAAUUAUGAAACCAAACAACAACAACUAUAUCUGUAUUGACGACUGCGGCAGAUUCAACCCCGACACUAAAAAAGUCGCAAGAAGCGAUAAACCUCUAAAACUAAACCUCUUUUCGCUCAGAAAAUCUGACCCGGAAAAGCCAUUGAACGAAAUGAACGAUGGUAUACCAGUAACAGAGUCUAUUUUAUCUGUGCCGUCAGCGGAAACAGAAAUGUCAGUGUCAAAAAGUGGCGGGAAUGAUGUAGAUUUAAAUGAGAACAAUAUGGAAUGGGCGGAACUUAAGUUGCAUCGGAGUGAAUCAGAUUAAAGUGAGAAAACUUCCGAUAUCUAAAGCGCGGUCGGCAGUUGGCAUUCAAAGCGGACUCAGAUUUUGAGAAAAUCGUCACAUUUUUUAUAUACCUAUCUUCAGAAUUUACUAGCAGUUUUUUCUAUUAGGCUUUGCACUCACUCGUAAGUUUUGCUCCCGGAAAGCUUAAUAUAAACCAAAUAAAACAAAUGUAUAACCCCUCUGUAAGUCGCUUAGGUGCAGUAAUUAGGGUUCCGUACCCACAGGGUAAAACAAUAGGGUCCCCCUAUUGUUUUCGCUCCUCUGUGCGUCUGUCACCAG